AGUUUUUUUUUUCUUUUAGUUAGAAAAUAAGAAUUGCCAACAUGAACUCAUGAACUUAGCUCAACUGAUACUUGUAUGUUCCUGUGGACAAGAGAUUUUAGGUUCAAAUACUCACUCCAAUGAUUUUAAGUAGUUUAGAUGUGGAAUAUAGUAGGAAAAGGGGAAGUAAGUAUAUUUAGUUGAUUUUUUAUGAAGUUGGGAAAAUAGGGAAGGAAAAUGUAGUUAAGGGGGGAAAGCUUCUAAUCUUAGUGCUGAUAGUUGAGAUUUGAGAUCUCCACUUUUUGGUUUUAGUCCAACGUGGAGGCGCUGAGUUGAGUCAACUUAAAUGUUCAUUUUGUUUGUUUGUUUGUUUUUGUUGUUGAGGCUAAUAAGGAUAUCAGUAUUUCCCAUUCCCCACCAUCAGCCAAUGGUAUGAAAGCAGAGAGAACUAUGUGGAAUGCGGCUAAUUGCCUCCACCGGCAAACUAACAUUGGGCCACCCACCACCUCUUGCCUUCCCUCUAAUUCAAACCUAUCCCUUUGACUUUUGUGUAUUCAACCUUCAACCUUCAACUUCAACUUCAACUCUCUCUCUCUCUCUCAAUCUUUAAGAUCGAAACUCCUCCACCUAAUAAUCCAAUCUCAAAAUUCAUCUUCUCUCACUUUCAUUCUGCAAUCCUUCUACCCAUGUUAUUCUCAUAAUCCUCUACCUUCAUCUGUCUAAAUCUUAACUGCUGCUGCUCCCUCCCACAACCCAAUCCAAUCACUCUGUUUCUGUUUUCAAAUUCACAUGUCUGUUGCGUUUUCUCUUAUUGCAGACACACACCAAGUUAGAUUAACCCUUGAAUCGGAAUAAGGGAGGUGAUCAUGAAGACUGGAUCCCCACUUAGGUUUUUGAUUUCGAUUGCUGCUCUUCUGUUACUUGAUUCAUCCACCUUGGCAGACCCCAGAUCCCGAACCGUGAAGAUACUAUGUUCGACAGUGCUAGAGCACAACACAACUGCCUUCGUGCCCAAUUUCGUGAGAACAAUGCAACUAAUAAGUGACCAAAUGCGAACUGGUGGGUUUGGAGUGGCAGUUGCGGGUAAGGGGCCGGACGCUAACUACGGACUCGCUCAAUGUUACGGAGAUUUGUCGCUGAUGGAUUGCGUGUUGUGUUAUGCGGAAGCCCGUACUGUUCUUCCUCAAUGCUUCCCUUACAACGGCGGCCGGAUUUUCCUGGAUGGCUGCUUCAUGAGGGCUGAGAACUACAGCUUUUAUGAAGAAUUUGCAGGGCCUCUUGACAGGGCUGAGUGUGGUAACAACUCCAUCACCAACUCCAUUUUUCGACAGUCGGCCAGGCAAGCUGUGGCUCGAGCAAUUGAAACUGCACCCAGCAAUGGCGGGUAUGCCAGAAUUCAAGUGGCUCCACCUGGAACCUCCAAUGCCUCCGUUUACCUGUUGGCUCAGUGCUGGAGGAAUUUGAAUCGCACCUCCUGCACUUCCUGUUUGCAAAACGCCUCUGCUUCUAUCUUGAAAUGCUUGCCUCGAUCCGAAGCAAGAGCCCUCAACACAGGUUGCUUCAUGAGAUACUCUAAUCUUGAUUUCUUAAAUGCGGAAGCUUCAGCUUCAAGGUCAAGGGGUACUAUUAUAGAAAUUGUAGUCUCACUGGUGAGCUCUGUUGCUGUUUUAGUCGUUGGAGUGUUAAUUGGAAUCUAUGUCUGGAAUAACAGAUAUGUAAAGAAGAAACGAAGAGGUUCAAACGAUGCAAACAAGAUGGCAAAAACACUAAACAAUAGUAGCUUGAAUUUCAAGUACUCUACCCUUGAAAAGGCAACGGGAUCCUUUGCUGAGGCUAACAAGCUUGGACAAGGAGGAUUUGGCACUGUUUAUAAGGGAGUUCUGUCGGAUGGAAGAGAGAUAGCUGUGAAGAGGCUUUUCUUCAAUAACAAACAUAGAGCAGCAGAUUUUUACAAUGAAGUAAACAUAAUCAGUAGUGUAGAGCACAAAAAUUUAGUACGCUUGCUUGGUUGUAGUUGUUCGGGACCUGAAAGUCUGCUUGUCUAUGAAUACCUUGCCAACAAGAGUCUGGACCGCUUCAUUUUCGAUCGGGAUAGAGGUAAAGCACUCAAUUGGGAGAAGAGAUAUGAUAUUAUUGUAGGAACAGUUGAAGGUCUGGCUUACCUUCAUGAGAACUCGAAAAACAAGAUCAUUCACAGAGACAUCAAGGCUAGCAACAUCCUGCUAGACUCCAAGCUUCGAGCCAAAAUAGCUGAUUUUGGAUUAGCUAGAUCAUUUGAAGAAGACGAGAGUCACAUCAGCACUGCCAUUGCAGGAACAUUGGGAUACAUGGCACCAGAGUACUUAGCUCAUGGGCAGCUAACAGACAAAGCAGAUGUGUAUAGUUUUGGUGUGGUUUUGCUGGAGACUGUGACUGGCAUACAAAACAGUAGAAGCAAAACCUCAGACUACUUGGAAAGCAUAGUACUAAUUGUAUGGAGGCAUUUUCAAUCAGGAACAAUUGAAAGUAUAUUGGAUGCGAACCUUAUGGUUGAGGAAGAUAGGAGCACAAAAGAGGAAAUAUUGAGAGUGGUGCAGAUAGGGCUUCUUUGCACACAGGAGAGUGCAUCUCUCCGACCCGCAAUGUCGAAGGUACUGCAGAUGCUGAUGAAGAAGGAAGAGGAACUUCCGACGCCAACAAACCCACCGUUCAUGGAUGAGAGGACAAUGGAAUUAAACGACAGCAGUGAGGACCCAUCAUGCUUCAACCUCACCGAAGCUUCUUCCUCAGCUGCUACCGUCACCCAUAGUUCAUUUCAUCCCAGGUAAUUGUAAUAUAGUUUGGAGUAUCACCUCAGGAGGAUUUUUGUGGAUAUGGUGGAGAAGAGAAGGUAUAUUCGCAAUAAAUAUAAUUGUGUCAAUCAGCAAUACUGUAAUUUGAAGUAUUAAGUAAUAUAUAACGUGAGUGUAACUCUCUAAUGUACACUCGUUCCCAGUUGUAAAUUGCAAUGGGCCACAUUUCCGUUUCCACGAGGAGCAGGAGGUGUCAUCCAAAUUCCUUUUUGCUUCCUCGUGGAAAUUUUGUAACUGCUUUUUCCUUUUUCUAUGGAAAAAGAAGAAGAAAAGUUAACCAA